GCGCUUUAGUGUAGUGGAGCCUUUGAGAUAUUCAGUCAUGAUGAUUUGGGUCACGUUUGUAGCCUUGUUAGUUUCGUGCGCACUAGGGAACAGGACCGUGGAGCGGGUACCGUUCUUUCACGGGCAUGUAUUUGAGAACUCAUCUCCGGGCUCCCGGGUCAACGGACUGAGCGUCCCGUUAAAGCGACUCAACUCUCAGAGGCUGUGCAGUACCAAGGAGUCCGGCUCAGCGACAGCGUACUUUAAGCUCAUGGGAGACGGGAGCGAAAAUUUCCGUGUCUUUGCGCACCACAAACGCGGACAUAUUUUACUGAAGACUUAUGUGAUUCUGGACCGAGAGGAGCGGGCUGAAUACGCACUGGGUCUCGAGUUGUGUUGUGGGCAAUGCGCUGGACUCUCCUUGGAGGAGGAAGAGAAGUCUCCAGUGGUCGCUGAGGUGGCUUCCAUUAAGGUGGAUGUCCUCGAUACCAACGACCACCAGCCUACUUUCCCCGGUGCUGACGUUAAACUGAGCCUGGAUCAUGCAACUGCCCUCCGCACGGCGAUCUACACUGUAACCGCACGGGACGAUGACAGCGGCAAGAACGCGGAGCUCAUCUACUUCGCCGUGCCCAAAAACGGGAGUUUCUACGCGGUGCCCAAAACUGGCGACAUCCUGCUGGUGGACUCAAUCCUCGGUCUGGAUGAAGUAAUUAAGUUUGAAGUGUUUGCCCGCGACCGCGGUUGGCCACCUCGCACGAGUCAGGGUAUCGCAGUGGAGAUCAAUCCAAGGCAAUGCCCCGUGGCACCCUCGCUGAACUCCCAGCCGGGGAAAUGGAAACCUAAACCGCAAAGUGAUGUACUAGCGCGAAGGUCCAGGUCGGUGCUAGAAUCAGAGAGCCCCGUUUUCAUCAAUGUGUCAGAAGAUGCAGGAAUCGGUUCAGUGGUGAUGAACCUGAACUCGGUGAGGUUUCAGUCAGCUACGUUUGAGCUGGUAGAGCCCGAUGUGGAAAGCUCACCGAUUAGCGUGAGCCGGGACAGCGGGGACAUAGUCAUAUCACGGAGACUGGACAGAGAGACUGAGCCUCUGGUGGAGAUCACCGUCAAAGUUCAGGAGAAAAGAGGUCCAGAAUGGUACUUGCUCAGAGUCGAGUUGACCGUGACAGAUGUAAAUGACAAUGUCCCAGAAUGGGACAUGGUUCCUGCUCCCUUCCUCGCAGUGGUUUCUCCUGAUGCCCCUGCAGGCUCUCUGGUCUACAAGCUCCAUGCUCAGGACGGGGAUGAAGGCAGCAAUGGUGAAGUGGAGUAUUUUCUGUCUGAUGGUGGUGAUGGUCGUUUUGAAGUGGACAGGAAGAGUGGUCAGGUACGAACCACUGGCCUUCCCCUGCAGCAGGACAGGGAGUACUUGCUGACAGUAGUGGCUGGGCCCCUGGCCGGCGGCAGCCCUCCUGCCGUCAUUUCUGUAGUGGCUGGAUCCCGACCACCACAGUUCACAAACGCUUCCUUUACCAUUGCCAUACCUGAAAACACCCCCGAAGGACAGCCCUUCCUGGUCACACUUGCUGUGUCCUUCCAGAAGAAACCAAUCAGCUACAGCCUCCUCAUCAAUCCCAGCAGUCUCUUCUCCAUCUCAUCAGAGACUGGUGAAAUCAGUCUGACCCGCCCCAUUGACUACGAGAGUGACCAGCAUCGCUACCUGCUGUUGGUGCGAGCCAGUGAGGGCCUGGACAGCAUGAGCAGUGCAGCAGAGGUCCGAGUUAUUAUUGUCGAUGAAAACGAUUGUAUCCCAGAGUUCCUCCAGUCCAUUUACACCAAGGAUGGUGUACCAGAAACUGUGACGACAGCAACCUCCCUGCUGCAAGUGUCAGCCAAUGACUGCGACUCAGAAGAAAAUGCAGAAUUGACCUAUUACACCCUGAGUCAGGACUUCACCAUUUCCCUUCAUGGGACCAUCUUCCCUGUGGGGCCUCUGGACUAUGAAAGGCCCAACCAUCUGUAUGAGUUUGUUGUGAUGGCCAUUGAUAAGGGCGAGGUCCCUCGAACUGGUACAGCUACAGUACGGAUUCGAAUGGCUAACGUCAAUGAUGAGGCACCUGAGUUCUCCCAACAUAUAUAUCGAACAUUUGUCUCCGAGGAUGCGGGCCCCAACACACUUGUUGCCACAGUGCUGGCCAAGGACCCUGAUGGGGAUGGGAUCACGUAUAAGAUCACCACAGGAAAUGAGGAGGGCAACUUUGUCAUCGACAGCCAAAAAGGUUUGAUCCGUCUACGGUCCAGCCCACCUCCUCGCCUCCAGGGUGUUGAAUAUGUCCUCAACAUAACAGCAACGGAUGACAAUGCCUCAGGCGGACCUCAAGCUUUGUCAUCGACGGCUCAGGUCAUAGUGGGAGUGGAUGACGUGAAUAACAACAAGCCAGUCUUUGAGAAGUGUCAGCAGUACCGAGAGAGCACGGCGGUCCUGGAGAACCAGCCAGCGGGGACGUUCGUUCUACAGGCUCAUGCUGUGGAUGCUGACGAGGGCUCCAAUGGCAGGGUCACUUACGGCUUCAUGCACAAAGACUCCACUGUGCCGGCAUUCAGUAUACACCCAGACACUGGAGUAAUUGUGACAGCCAGGAAAUUUGACCGUGAACGCCAGCGGGAGUAUGCAGUGACAGUGACUGCCACUGACCAGGCAGCUGACCCACUGAUUGGCAUUUGUCAGCUCAACAUCUUCAUCCUGGACCAGAAUGACAACAGUCCCAAGUUUGAGAAUCUCCGUUAUGAGUACUUCCUUCGUGAGGAUACCAUGAUUGGAACUAGUUUCUUGCGAGUGGCAGCUCAUGAUGAUGACUUUGGCACCAAUGCAGCCAUCACGUACUCCAUGUCCAGUGAACAGCCGGAGUACCUCAGGGUCAACCCCCUGACAGGCUGGGUGUUUGUCAACCAGCCUAUCUCUCAGAGGACCUACAUCACCAGGGAAAUCGUGGCUACAGACGGGGGCAACAGGAACAGUUCAGUGGAGCUGGCCGUCACCAUCACCAAUGUGAAGAACCAGCCUCCACAGUGGGAGAAAGACAGCUACAGUGUGGUCAUACCAGAAAACACUGUCCGAGACACACCCAUUGUGACCAUCAAAGCUACCUCCCCUCUUGGGGAUCCCAGGGUGACUUACAACUUGGAGGAUGGCAUGGUCCCAGAAACCAACAUGCCAGUUCGCUUCUACUUAACCCCCAACAGAGAGGACGGUUCGGCCUCCAUCCUGGUAGCAGAGCCCCUGGACUAUGAGACCACCAGAAACUUCAUGCUGCGGGUUCGAGCUCAGAAUGUCGCUGCUGUACCACUGGCGGCCUUCACCACGGUUUAUGUCAAUGUCACAGAUGUAAAUGACAAUGUCCCAUUUUUCACUUCAUCAAUCUACGAGGCCUCUGUCACUGAAGGGGCAGAAUCGGGAACUUUGGUUUUGCAGGUUUCAGCCAACGACCUCGACUUGGGUCUCAAUGGCAAGAUUUCCUACUCCCUGUUGGAUGAUCGCAGUGGGGACCACCAGUUUUUCCGUAUUGACCCAGAGCUAGGAUUCAUCUACACUCAGACUGUGUUUGACCGUGAAACGAAAAGCUCCUACCUACUGGAGGUUCAGUCUGUGGAUGGCUGGGAGUCAGCAAGGCCUAGCAAACAUGGACAGCCCAACUCUGACACGGCAUAUGUUCGUGUUUUUAUCAGUGAUGUGAACGAUAACAAGCCAGCAUUUGCACAGGCAUCCUAUGAAGUUGAUGUGGAUGAGGAUGCUGACGUAGGCUUCGCCAUUCUCACCGUCAGUGCCAAUGAUGGGGAUGAAGGUGGAAAUGCUAAACUGCGCUACCAGAUCACAUCAGGAAACAUGGGAGGGGUGUUUGAUGUAGAACCAGAGGUGGGCACUAUCUUUAUCGCCCAGCCUCUGGACUAUGAACAGAACAAAAGGUACAAGCUUCAUGUCCUGGCUUCAGAUGGGAAGUGGGAAGAUUACACCUCAGUGACAGUAAACGUGGUUAACAAGAAUGACGAGGCUCCUGUGUUUACCGUUAACGAGUACUACGGCAGUGUAACAGAGGAGCUGGAUGGUUCACCAGUGUUUGUGUUACAGGUAACAGCAUCUGACCCAGAUAAGGAUGCUGACCAGGAGGCCCUGCGUUACUCUCUCCAUGGCCAGGGUGCAGAGAGCGAAUUCAUUAUUGAUGAGGUCACAGGCAAGAUCUACGCCCAGCGGACCCUGGACCGUGAGGAGCGCGCCGUGUGGCGUUUCGUUGUCCUGGCCACAGACGAGGGUGGCGAAGGUCUGACGGGCUUCACCGACGUCAUCAUCAAUGUGUGGGACAUCAAUGACAAUGCGCCCGUUUUCACCUGUGUCCCCAGUUGCCAUGGAGAUGUGGCGGAGAACUCAGCAGUGGGGACAUCUGUGAUGGAGAUGACAGCCACUGACCUGGAUGACUCAGCUGUUGGGCAGAACGCUGUGCUCUCUUACAGGAUUUUGGGUAGUUUAGAUGCUACUAACACUGAGAUAGGACGAGUCCCUACCUUCUCAGAAAUGUUCACUAUCAACCCCACCACAGGGACCAUCACUGUAGCCAUGGCUGGUCUGGACAGAGAGCAGGUUGAAUCCUACCUCUUGGUUGUGGAAGCCAGAGAUGGAGGAGGGAUGACAGGAACUGGAACUGCUACCAUUCAGAUCAAGGACAUGAAUGACCAUGCUCCAAGAUUCACUGAUCACUCCUGCCUGGCAAGGAUCUCUGAGAAUGCAGAGCCCAAUGCAGAGGUCUUGGAGCUUGCUGCAGAGGACAGAGACACAGGAGAAAAUGCCCUGCUGACCUUUAGUGUUGUAGCUGGAGACCAAGAACAGAAGUUCUACAUGGUGAGUCACAAACAGGAGCAGCGCGGCACCCUCAGGCUGAAGAAACGCCUGGAUUAUGAACGACACAGCGAGCAGAAGUUCAAUCUCACCCUGAAGGUUGAAGACCUGGACUUCUCCAGCCUUCUGCAUUGUGUGGUGGAAGUGGAAGACUAUAACGACCAUGCUCCUGUCUUCAUCCCACAUUUCCUGUCUCUCGCCCCACUGCCUGAGGACAUCAGUGUGGGAACCAGUGUGGCACAUUUAGUGGCCAGUGACUCUGACUCAGGCCAGAACCGUGACAUCACCUACAGCUUAUUAGAGGACUCAGAUCCUGAGGGGCUGUUCACCAUUGACCAGUCUGGUGUACUCUCUGUGGCCCGGCCCCUGGAUCGGGAAAGGAUGCCCCAGCAUCACUUGGUUGUUGUAGCAACUGAUCAUGGGGUUCCACCUCUAACAGGCAGUGCCACAGUCCAGUUGCCUCUGUUGGAUGUGAAUGAUAACGGACCAGAGUUUGAGGUGGCAUACUCCCCAAUAAUCUUUGAGAAUGUGGAUGGACCUCAGGUAGUGAAGCUGAACCAAACAUCGACCAUCCUCCGAGCUGUGGACCAGGACUCUCCUGAGAAUGGCCCACCCUUUCACUUCACUCUCCCCUCAGACUAUCGCCACAGCAAUGAUUUCUACCUCCAGGACAACCUAAAUGGCACAGCGACACUGACAGCCUUAAGGACUUUUGACCGUGAGCGCCAGAAAGAGUUCCUUAUUCCUAUUAUUAUGAGCGACAGCGGCCAUCCAGCCAAAACAGUGACUAGCACUCUGACAGUGACCAUCGGUGACCGAAAUGACCACGCACAUGUGGCAGGGGAGAAGAAAAUCUUUAUUAAUAGUCACAGAGGUCGUAUGCCAACCACAGUGCUUGGAAAGGUAUACUCUCCUGACCCUGAUGACUGGGACAACAAGACGUAUGUCUUUGAAGGACACAUGCCAAGUUACUUCAUCCUGAACAAGCGAACAGGUUUCCUGAUCAUCAAGGAGAAUGCUCCACCUGGCACCUAUCAAUUCCAGGUUCGUGUUUCUGAUGAGGUUUGGCCAGAUGCUAUUUCCACUGUCACUGUGCAUGUGAGGGAGCUGCGAGACGAGGCCAUCUACAACUCGGGGUCCCUUCGCCUGGUGGACAUCACAGCAAAGGAGUUCAUUGAACUGAGAGGGAAACAGCGGAGCCGCUAUGAGCUGCUGGUGGAUUUCCUGUCUGAGAUGCUUUCCAUUCCACCUGAUGAUGUCAACAUCUUUAGCCUAAUAGAUGUGAGAGAGCGAAUGCUGGAUGUUCGCUUUGCUGUGCAUGGUGGCCCCUCCUUCCUUCAGCCAGAGAAAAUGCAUGGUUAUCUGGCAGCCCACAAACAAAAGCUCCAGUCCUUCAUGCAGGUGAACGUUUUUCAAGUCCGAGUAGACGGGUGUCCCAGUUCAGACUGUUCCAGGGCCGGUGGCUGCACCAGCGCUUUGAAUGUGCGAGACACACCCACGGUGGUGGACUGUGGGACUAUGAGUCUUGUAUCUGUGACGGUGGAAUCCACAGCUGUGUGCUUUUGCUCAGGUAGAGAGCAGUCCCAUCAGCCCUGUGCUGCAUAUCCCAGAAAUCCCUGCUUCAAUGGUGGAGUAUGCGUGGACACUCAGCAUGGCUACAGGUGCCAAUGCCCAGCUCAGUUCGAAGGCCCUGAGUGCCAGCAGAACAAGCACAGUUUCCAUGGCAACGGUUAUGCCUGGUUUCCUCCCAUGAUGCCUUGCUUUGAGAGCCAUGUGUCGCUAGAGUUCAUCACGGACGUGGUGGAUGGAUUGUUGCUGUACAGUGGCCCCUUAACCCAGCUGCAGGCCUGGGACCACGAGGACUUCAUGGCUAUAGAGCUAAUAGAUGGGACCCCCACCUUGAAAAUCAACCAUGGCUCUGGCACAGUGGUGCUACAGUUGCCAGGCAACGUGAAUGUGGCCGACAGACGGUGGCAUCGGCUGGAUGUCCGCAGCAACAGCAAGGAAGUACGUUUCACCCUGGAUCGCUGUUCUGGGGCAGCAGUGAUGGAAAUGGAGGGUCUGGGCAGCUGGUUGACCACAGAGGACCACUCUUCCUGUGAAGUGACAGGCCUUACACCUAACACUGACAGACACCUGAACAUGAGCCAGGUUCUCCAGCUCGGUGGUGUGAACGAGGACAUACCCUACAUCUACCCUCAGCUUCAGCACAAACACUUCACCGGCUGCAUCCGCAACCUCAUCGUGGACAGCAAGCUGUAUGAUUUGGGCUCCCCAGCCGACUCGCAGUCCAGCUCUCCGGGCUGUCUGGCCACAGACAGCAGCUGUGUCAAUAUGGGUUAUCCGUCCUGUGGCCACCGGGGCCACUGUCAUGGUGAGUGGGGCUCCUUCAGGUGCCAGUGUGUGCCGGGAUUCACAGGACCUCAGUGUGAAGAAGAGGUUCCAGAGUAUUCCUUUGAUGGGCACAGUCACGUGCACUACCAGUUAGCUUCCCCACUGCAAGCUCGGAGGACAUGGGUUCAAGUCCUGGUGCGAACCCGCAAACACAGCAGCACCAUCCUUAGUCUCAUCUCAAAGGAGCAGAGUGAAUACCUACGACUAGAGGUCUUCCAAGGCCUCCUCUGCAUUUUCUACAACCUUGGUGAUGGGGAUUACAACCUAACCCUGCCCACCUAUCGCCUCGACAAUGGUGAAUGGCAUGAGGUAUUCCUAGAUCGGCAUGACAAUGAGAUGAUACUACGACUGGAUGGUGGCGGGGGGCAACGGGAGGUCACAGGAUCACGUGGCCGAAGCCGAGAAAUCAUAAUUGAUCCCACUGCGGUGAUGCUGGGAAACACCUUCCCUUCUGGAAUUAACAAGAGCUUCCAGGGCUGCAUGAGGGACCUACGCCUCAAUGGCCGCUAUAUGCCUCUGGACAGCCAGCCACGAGAUGGUGUUUCCCAAGUCAGCACACAAGGCCUCUCCCUUGGGUGCUCAUCUGACUCCUGCAAAAGGAACCAGUGUAGCCCUCCCUUCACCUGUGUUGACUUGUGGAGAGUACAUGAAUGCAGAUGUCCUCCUGGCCACAUGGUCCGUGUGAAUGGGCCCAGAAAGUCCUGUGUGUACACUCUCUGUGCUACGCGGCCUUGUCACCGGGGGACCUGUGUGGCCCAGUCACCCUCCAAAUUCACCUGCCACUGCCCGGAGGGUUACAGAGGACGCCACUGUGAGACAACACUGGCCAUAUACAGAGAGGAUGUGGGCCUGAGCUUCAGCUCUGUCUUCGCAAUCUGUAUCUGCUUCAUGGCCUUACUAGUGCUGCUGUUGGGCAUCUUCCUCUACACUCGCUGGAGGAGCUACAAAGGGCUAAAGGAGGGCGUUUACCACGUCUCAGCCCACCAUGAAGGGUGGGAGGACAUCCGCGAGAACGUCCUCAACUAUGAUGAGGAGGGAGGCGGGGAGGAGGACCAGAAUGCCUAUGACAUGGCAGAACUGCAGAAGUCCCUCCAGCCAAGUCCGGCCCAGUCGGUCCAGUACUGCCGCUCCAGGGCCCUGCACCACCCUCCUCCUCCUCCUCCCCCUCACCACCACCAUCAUCACUUGCUCCAUCAGGCGACCCCCACCUCGCCCUCCACCACACAGACACUGGACUCCCUUAGCCAGACAGCCAGCUCCAUCACCCUGCCUCCCUCAGCAUCUUCCACUGCCACCACCACUACCAGCCUCCGCAGGGACGUCCCACCCACCAGACUCCCAGCCCAGGGCCAGGCCCGACCCUCCCAGUUAGUGCGCCGCUCCUUGUCCUUCUCCAGCCAGGACCUUGCCCGCUACCUGUGUGAAAUAAUUCGCGAUGCCGACCAGCAUCCAGACACGGGGCCUUUCGACUCCCUACAGGUCUUCUCCACCGAGGGUGGAGGCUCACCUGCUGGGUCCCUCAGUUCCUUCAGCUCGGCAGGGCUGGAAGGGGGGAGUGGUGGAGAUGGGGCAGAGGGAGGGGAGGGGAGGAGGGAGGAGACGCUCGGAGAGUGGGGGACUCGCUUUGAGAAGAGCAAGCCGAGGCCAGCGACCUCUGAGUUCAGACACACAGACCAAAACUGA